ACGCAUCCAAAAACUCAAAUCACUUCAAGAUCUCAAGCAAACUCCUCCUGCCUUCUUGCUCUCUGAAGACUCUUCAUUCCAUCCUGAAAUCACCAACCAUGGCUGUUUCUUCAAACGGGUCUCCCUCACCUUCGCCGGUCACAAGCAGAUCAAACCCCAAUUCAAGAAACUCAGAAAUCAACAAUACUCUCCGAAGGAGUUUCAGUGGAAAUCCAUUCACCAAGCCUUCAAUCGUCGCUAACCCGAGAGGCUUUAAUCCUGUUACACCUGCUAACAGUCCUUCAGAUUUUCCACGAAGACACUCCAUUGCAAAAGAAGGUGGUGUUCCUCCACACCAAUAUGAGAAAGAAAAUGAGAAAGAUCAGAAUGCAAAACCAGUGAGAAUCAGAUCACCAGCUGUUUCAAAGGGUACAAAGAACUUCAUGUCCCCAACUAUCUCUGCUGCUUCCAAGAUUGCUGCCUCUCCCAAAAAGAAAGUGUUGCUUGAGAGGAACGAACUGAUUCGAACUUCAUUGUCAUCAUUUUCAGAUGGGAAAAGUCCUCUUAGUCCAUUGAAUCUCCAGGAAGUGGUUGAAGAUUCUGAUUCAAAGUCAGCUUCCUCUGAUUCAACUAUGGUAGAUCCCGGAAAAAGGAAGGAAUGUCCUGUGGCUCCUUCUCCUUCCAAAGCUUCCAAAGGCAAUGAAGUCCUUGAUUUUCCGGUGCCUUUGAAAUCCAAGAAUGACUCUGAAUCCUUAUCAGAGACCAUAACCAUGGGAUCAGACUGUGUUGGUAUUGAUGAUUGUUCAAAGACCAGGCCUAGUCCUUCUCCUUCAUCAACUUCUAUUCUGGCACCACUUGAUGCUGAUCCAUCACUUCCUCCCUGUGAUCCCUCACUUCCUUCCUAUGUUCCCAAAACAAACUAUGCUAAUCCAUCACCUCCUCCCUAUGAUCCCAAAACAAACUAUCUUUCACCCAGGCCUCAGUUCCUUCUCUACAAGCCUAACCCAAGAAUUCAAAAGUUACGCAACAAAAAACAAGAGGUCGGCUUGAGGGGAUGUAAGCGACUUGAGGAUAGCUUUAUCUUUGAAAGCCUGUCUGAUACUGAAACCCCUGAGGAUACCCAAUCUGAAGAUUCUUCUUCCGUUGAACUGGAAGAAGGACAAAAUGAAGAGGUAGAAGAAAGUGAAGCAGCUUUGACAGAAACAGCCCAAGAAGAACCCAAUGUGUCUGAACCAAAUCCCAUUGACAUCCGCACUUCCAAUGGGAGGGCCCUUGAGGCAAAAGGGGUGUCCAAGUCAUAUUCCUCUUUCAGAUUGAAGCCCAUUUUUGUUCUGUUGCUCCUGUUAGUUGGGUGUUUGUGUAUACCAACUACUGACUCUCCAUUCAUUAGCUCAGUCAUUGAUUCCUCUGUCGGCGAAGAGUCAAGCUUCACUAAAUUGUAUGAACCAGCUGAGCUCGCUGAAUUUGCAAGAACAAAUUUUGAUGGGCUGACUAGAAACUUCAGGCUGUGGUCAGCUAACACAGUGUCUUAUUUCUCCAAGAUGAUUCCCAUUGUAAAAGAAACAAAUGAAUUGGGUUUCUUGCGGUUUGGUAACUUCACAGAUUCACAAGUAGAUAUUGUGGGCGGUGCAUACCUUGUGAAGGAAAAUCAACAAAAUUUGCAGUGGCCUAUGAAGGAGCUAGAGGUUGGAAUUGUUCAAAUGAAAGAGCAGGGUAAUCUGGUCACUGAAGCAUAUGAAAAAGUUGAAGAGGCUUCACAAGUUAACCCAGAAUUUGAAGAGGCUAAGCUGACUUUGCAAGCUGAAGUAAUUGAACCCGAUAAUUCAGAAUUGGAACAGAUUCAAGAGGAAUAUCACGUUGCUUCUCAUACUGAGCUUGAGCAGGCCUCACAGGGUAAAACAGAAUUAGAAGAAGCAAAUCUCCCUCUACAAGCUGAAGUCGCAGAACCCCAUAAUUCGGAAGUGCAACAGACUGAAGAGGAAAGUAGUGUUGCUUUUCAUAUUGACCAUGAGGCACAACCCCAUAAUUCGGAAGUGCAACAGACUGAAGAGGAAAGUAGUGUUGCUUUUCAUAUUGACCAUGAGGCACAACCCCAUAAUUCGGAAGUGCAACAGACUGAAGAAGAAAGUAGUGUUGCUUUUCAUAUUGACCAUGAGGCACAGAGUAUCAUAGCUGAAAAGGAGCAGGAAGUUCAAGUCUCACAGGUUUCUGAAAUCAAGCCUGAAAAAGUGCCUGAAGCUGAGAAACUCCAGGGCGAAAAUAAACUGGUUUCCCGUGCUGAAGUUGAAGUGCAGCAGAUUGAAGAGGAAAGUAGUGUUGCUUCUCAUGUUGGCCCUGAGGCACAGAGUAUCAUAGCUGAAAACGAACAGGAAGUUCAAGUUCCACAGGUUUCUGAAAUCAAGACUGAAGUGCCUCAAGCUGAGAAACUCCACGGAGAAAAUAAACUAAUUUCCCAUACUGAAGUUGAGUCCAGUGGAGCAGUUUUCGAACCUGAAAGCUCAGAAUCAGAAGCUUGGACAGCAAAUUCACAAAGCUUCAAGGAACUAUAUCUGUCACUCAAAGAAAAAUCCUCUGCUGUUAACGUUUUGGGGAUUUCUUUGCUCAUUCUAAUUCUAACAGUAGCUGCAGCUUUCAUAUUUCUAAAGCAACAAAAACCUCCUACCCCGAGUCCUGCUGCAAUUCCCAUGGAUCAGUUGCUGGCCAAGAAACUGGCUCCUAUCCCUACAGCAAGUGUGGAGAACACUCACCAAGGGCUGUCUUCUAGGAAUUGGCCAACCGAAGUUGAUAUGGUUGGCGAGUCAUGUCCAUCUGAGAUGAGCAGCUUCCAAAGGAGCACAUCCUAUGGCAAAAGAGGAUCCAAGGGGGCAAGUUUUACAUCAGAAUACUCAAUGGGUUCACCAUCCUAUAGCCAAAAAGGAUCUAAGGGGGCAAGUGAAGCUCAAAGCCAAGAAAGGGGGGGGCUGAGGAAGAGCAACAAAAGAGAGUCCCUUGCUUCGUCAUCAGAAUACUCAACGGGUUCACCAUCUUAUGGGAGUUUUACAUCAUAUGAGAAAAUUCACAUUAAGCAUGGAUGUGGAGAUGAAGAGGUGGUGACUCCAGUUAGGAGAUCAAGCAGAAUCAGAAACCAGGUUUCUUCUCCAUGAUGCUGCAUUUUAAGCCUUGUAUUGGACCCCUCUCCAGAUAUAGGUGGUCACAGAAUUAGGAACCCAGGUCACUUCUUUGUGAUGCUGAAAUGAAGCUGUCUUCUGCUAGUCUUUAUUGUGUGUGGCUCCACUUUUGUGUAUAGAUGAAACACCAUCUAGUUCUAACUUAGGUUGAUUUAAUUGUUGAUUUAUUGUAAUUUAGACUCCUGCUCUGUUUAAUUCAAUGUUGCUAAUCAACAGUUUCUGUUGUUAUUAUCUCCA